AGGCGCAGUUCUUACCACUUCAUGGCAGCUCCUGCCACGAACGUACCACGCCGUCUCUUGCCAUGGUUAUUAGCAAACCGUGGCAAGUGUGUAUAUACCGCGGCGAUGGCAAAAAGUACUGCCGUUACCGCGGCAGCUUUGCCAUGGUUUCAGGGCAGCUUCGGAAAAUAUUUACCGGUAUGCCUUAUUACCAUGUAUGUUGCAGUAUCUGGGGUUUUUGUACUAUGGAUAAUGGCAGAUACUUAUUUUAAGACAAAAUCAGAAAAUUUUGAUGAUUUGUGCAUAAAAGUCAAUGAUUUUUACCAAUGCAUACUAUGUAUCGGAGUAUCAUUUACAACACCAGGUGGCUUUCAACACCACCUGAAAACUCAACAUAUCAAAUAUGCUGUUCAUAUCAUCAAUGGGGAUGAAAGAGAUUGUUUGGGUGUGAUUGAAAGUGAAGAAGUCAGGGAUAUGGACAUAGAUUCUAAAAACAAAAGUUCAGAAAGUCUAUGUGAAGGUACUUUCAACUUUCAAUGCAUACCUUGUGACAAGCGCUUUAGGCAUCAGUCGUCAUUGAGGCGACAUGCUCAACUUAAACACAAUGCAACUCAGCUUUUACCGAGCGUAUAUGUUGACACAUUCAAUGGAAUCUAUAUGGUUGCUCAAAGUGAUUCUGGCCCACUUGCUCCAAUUCAUGUUCAAAAGCACACAUUGAAACAAAAAAUUAUGUGCACUGAUGACGACUGUAUUUCAAUUAUCAAAGCCAUUUCAACAGUCAAUCCAGGAAUCCAAUGUCGACAUUUGGACUCUAUCUCUGAAUCUUCAAUUUUAACGACAAACAAACUGCAACUGUCAUCGCUAAACCGACUAAGGGAAUUUAAUAUAUUGAAUGAUUCGUCGGUUCAAUGGUGCAAAAAUAUGAAGGAAAUCAGUGAAAAGGAUUGCUGCACUCUUGUAGCCCUUGUUGAUUUUUCAACAAUGGGUUUCGAAACAAGAACAAUCUAUUUUUCCGUUUACACUGAAAAAAUUCAAUAUUUUGCACCAUUGAAGAGGGUAAGAGUUUCUUUCAAUAAAGAUAAUGGGGAAUUUUCGUGCCUUUGUCCAACCUCGGGCAUGAGUUCGACAUGUUACCAUGAGGCUGUAGCGAAGUGGUGUUUAUUGGAGCAACAACCUGAAUGGAUCAAGCGCCCUUCCAGUAUUUGUCAUACACUGACUGAUAAUAUGGACUAUAUGAUGAAGUAUUUUUUAACAAAAAAAAGAAUUCCAGCUGAAAUACCUCAGCGUCUUUUGCGUGACAUUUCUCCUCCGCUUUUGCUGACUCCCUCUGAACAAAAAUGUCUUAAGUGCAACGAGGAUUUAUGCAUCAAGAAUAAAAAACGAACAGUAGCAUAUGGAAUGGGCCACAUUUGGAAAACAACUGAAUUAUUCAUCAAGGAAUGUGCUGAAUGUGGAAUGGAAGUUAGAUAUCAAGAAUAUGAAGAAGGUUUUCAUAAUUUUGACAAUAGUGUUUUAUUGAGUCUCAAGUUGUGUUGUUAUUUACUGCGUGGACUGAAAAAUCAUAUCUCAAUCGAGAGCAAUCUAAAAAUGUUGUUCAUCGAAACUAUUCCUUAUAAUAAGAUCAGGAAUGCGUUCUUGCAUUUUUUGGCUCUCCAAGACUAUCAAUACGACUUUUGUUGCUUGAAAUGUGGAAUAUAUCCAACAGUGCUGAUAUGUGAUGGUAAUUGGAAAAACACGUGCAGAAGACCAGUUGAAGCCGUUGACAAAACCCAAAAUACUUGUGACCUCAUUGAUGUAGACGCAACUUGGGAAAAAUAUCAGAUGGAAAUUAUAGGAAGAGGAUUUUAUGGCUGUAAGGAGAAUCCAUGGAAAGUGGAAAUAAUGUACAACACAGUUGCACCUUGGAUAUCUCCAGAAUGCCGAUUUUCAAGUGAAGUCCCAAAUACAGAGCAUAGGAAAGGAUUUAUUCUUAACAAGCCAGUUGUUGAAAAGCCUCUAGCCUACUCCAAAGUCUCUCAUGAAGAUAUUCUUCAAGCUAUAAACUCUCCUCUUACAUCUGAUUCUCGUUUGAUAGACUUGUGUGAAGUCUUGGGUAUAAGUAGCAAAGGGAGUUCAGAAGACCUUGUUAAUACUUUGAAUGAGCUGGUUCUGUUUAAGGAUGUAUGCCCUAAGAUGUACAAAAGCAUAAAACAUUGCGGUGGAGGGAUUGUACAUUUUCGUUGCCCACAUGGGAUAUGCUAUUAUAUGAAAUAUCUUCUAAGACAGGAAAGUGCUAGAGAUUAUAUUGACGGAAUAUUGUCCCUGAAGAGACAACCUCAUGCUAUAAUAUCUGACAUUGCUUCCCAAGUAGCCCAUCAUGGCGAGGCUAGAAAAAGGGGUAUUUUUGGGCCUGAUAAAGGAAUGCUGUUUGCAUAUACUGACAAAAAUCUUGAAUUGGAAAAACAUGGCUCUCUACCACAGGUUAAACUGGAUGCUCAUAAAAAAUACAGCCUCUGUGAUAGGUUCCAUACAAGAUCGAAGAAAAAGACCGCAGAAAAUUCUUUUCGCAACUUGAAGUACUGCUCUGAUUUGAACAUAAAUACCAGUGUGGCAGAGCAGGAAAAUGCUCACAUGGCAAAAGAUAGAUCUUCAGUUUGCUCUAUGGACACUACCAAUUUCCUUUGGCUUUCGCGAGUUAGCAUUAACCUGCGUAAUAAAGACAUAAACUCAAGAUAUGAAAAAAAAAUGAAGACUCAAUUUGGAAAUAAAAUUCGGAGGAAUCAUGAAGGAAUUGCUAUACCAGAUGUUAAAGGUAACGUUUUGGAUGGAACCAGUGGAUCGGUCACAGAGGAAGAAUUACUCAUCGACGAAGAUGAUGAAGCUAUGAAUGAGGUAGUUGCCAACCCUGAAGACAAUGUGUACUCUGAAAAUAUACAGAGUGGAAUGACUACUGGAACAGUGUCACAAUAUCAAGAAGAUCAGACAUUUUGUUCAGCAAAAAUGAAAUCAACUUCAUGCAGUGAUGGUAAUAUUUAUGACUCCGAGAAUAAAGAUAGUGAUGAAUCAAGAAAAUGUCUUUUUCUGCCUGCCAAAUUUAAUGACAUACAGAAAUUAUGGAAGUCAACUCAUAGGAAUAGGAUUGAGUGUGUAGUUGGAGAUACAAAGAAAGGGCUAGACAAGGAGUGUAUGUGCCUUCUUGAGGGUGACAGCUAUCUUGAUGAUAAAGUGAGAAAAUAGAACGUGAAAAUUCCUUUAAAAGUGUUCAUCGAAUUUGUUCCACCCGU